AUGAAUAUCAGAUUUCAAAGAAGUUUCGAAGUCAAGGGCAAACUGCAACAACAACAACAACAACAACAGCAACAGCAACAGCAACGUCUUCAUCAAUCUGCCCCUCCAUUAUCUCGCACACACAAAGCAACACACUUGGAAAUGUUUAGUAAGUUGAAACUGAAGGUAACUGGCUCAAAUUCAAGCUCAAAUACUCCCUCAACGUCAGAAACAUCUUCAUUGAAAGCCAUUUCUUCUCCUGACUCAUCGACCAGCACAGUCUAUGGUCAAAAUGACAACAACAACAACAGCAGCAGCAGCAGCAGCAAUGGUAAAUCAAAGUCAAAGGAUCUGAUCACCCUUGGUCCAUCACGAUAUACUCCCUUUGAUUCCCCAUCCCCAGGCUCACAUAUUCCUCAAGAACGCAAGUUGACUGAGGAGGAGAAAUCCAAGUACUUGCAAGUAUUGAAACAUUUCCAAAAUCCAGAUUUACUUAUUGCUGACUCUGAAGAGCAUCACAAACACAAGACAGCAUCCACUACUUCCUCCACAUCGCCAUUAACCAUUGAAGAGAAAUCAUGGUUGACUAGAGAAUGCUUUUUGAGAUACUUGAGAGCAACCAAAUGGCAUGUUGACGAAGCUAUAGAUCGUAUUGAGUUGACUUUGGCUUGGAGGAGAGAAUUUGGUGUUGACCACAUUUUGGAUAAAGACAACAUUGUCAAUGGUGAGUUGACCAGUCCUGAAAAUGAAACUGGUAAAGAAGUGAUUUUGGGUUACGACAACGACUCUAGACCUUGCUUGUAUUUAAAACCAGGUCGUCAAAACACCAAAACUAGUCAACGACAAGUACAACACUUGGUCUACAUGUUGGAAAAAGUCAUUGACUAUAUGCCCUCAGGUCAAGAUUCAUUGGCUUUGUUAAUUGAUUUCAAACCCCAUCCAGUGGGCACCCAAGGUGGUAAAAUCCCCCCUGUUGGAAUAGGGAGACAAGUUUUGCAUAUCUUGCAAACCCAUUAUCCUGAAAGAUUGGGUAAAGCCUUGUUAACAAAUAUUCCGUGGUUGGGAUGGACUUUUUUAAAAAUUAUUCAUCCCUUCAUUGACCCCUUGACUAGAGAGAAAUUGGUUUUCGACCAACCAUUUAUCAAUUAUGUACCAAAAUCACAAUUGGAUAAAGAUUUUCAAGGUGACGUCAAUUUUAUUUAUGAACACGACAAGUACUGGCCAAAGAUGAUUGAGAUUGCCGAGUCCAAAAAGCAAAAGUAUUUUGAACGGUUUGAGAAAUUUGGUGCUUGUGUUGGUCUUAGUGAGGUUGAUUUAAGAGGUGUUGAUGAAGAGUUGACCCAUCCUGUCGAUAACAUUUGA